CUCGAUAACAACACAACAUCCUUGCUAAAAUAGACAAAUCUAGCUCCCUUCUGACAGAAAAUGAAUGGUGUGAACGUAGAGAGAUAAACUGACAGUUAAGACUUGUGGCUUUUUGAUUGGGCAAACGACGCAGGAGGCGGAACAAACGUACUCUCGGUUUAUCUCUCAAAGGAGAAGUAGCAAAACUGCAAGUUCACUUUGGGUGACGGUUCACUCAGGUGGCGACAGGACUAUCUGUUCUGCUGAGGGAAAGUCAACGGGGCUGAAUUUUCGUCUGAUUUAAGGGGCUGUCGAAAACAGUUCUGGUUUACAGAAUGGCUGCACUGCGACGUCUGAGGCGAUGCCAACCUUCUGGCAUUGCUAUCUCUCAUCUCCACACCAGCAGCCAAGCCUCUGCAAAACAGCAUUACAAAAUGCUUGUGCUAGGAGGAGGAAGUGGAGGCAUUGCAAUGAGUGCUCGAAUGAAAAGGAUGGUGGGAGCUGAGAAUGUGGCUGUUGUGGAGCCCAGCGAGACUCACUAUUAUCAACCGAUAUGGACCCUGGUUGGUGCUGGUGCUAAAACUGUAGCCUCUUCAGGUCGCUCUACUGCCAGUGUUAUGCCAUCUGGAGUUAAGUGGGUGAAAUCUAAAGUCCAGGAAAUAAACCCAGACCAGAACACGGUCCAAACAGUAGACGGGAAUGAGAUUUCCUACGAGUAUUUGAUUGUUGCUCUUGGUUUGCAACUUCAUUUUGAGAAGAUCAAGGGACUCCCAGAAGGAUUUAACCAUCCACAGAUUGGGUCAAACUAUUCAGUGGAAACUGUGGAGAAAACAUGGAAAGCCCUGCAGAACUUCAAAGAGGGCAAUGCUAUGUUCAGUUUUCCAAACACUCCUGUGAAAUGUGCUGGAGCUCCACAGAAGAUCAUGUACCUGUCAGAUUCUUAUUUAAGAAAGACAGGUAAAAGGUCAAGGGCCAAAGUAAUAUACCACACAUCCCUCCCUGUGAUCUUUGGGAUUAAGAAAUAUGCUGAUGCAUUGUGGGACAUUGUGAAACAACGUGACAUACAAGUAAACCUGAGGUCAAACCUGAUUGAAGUUCGGGCAGACAAGCAAGAAGCUGUAUUUGAAAACCUUGACAAGCCAGGGGAAACUACAUCAAUAGAGUAUGAAAUGCUUCAUGUCACACCACCAAUGGGACCAAAUUUGGUGGUUAAAGGCAGCGCACUGGCAGACCAGGCUGGCUGGUUGGAUGUUGACAAAGAAAACCUCCAACACAAGAGGUAUCCAAAUGUGUUUGGAAUUGGUGAUUGCACAAACCUGCCCACAUCCAAAACUGCUGCUGCUGUCGCUGCACAGUCUGCCAUCCUUCACAGAACCAUCAGCAAAGUACUAAAAAAUGAGAAGCCAGAUAAGAAGUACGAUGGCUACACCUCCUGUCCACUAGUCACAAGUUACAACACAGUCAUGCUGGCAGAGUUUGACUACAAUGGACAGCCACUUGAAACAUUCCCCAUUAACCAAGCAAAAGAAAGAAGACUCAUGUACCACAUGAAAGCCGAUAUAAUGCCUCACCUCUACUGGCAUGGCCUUCUAAGGGGCCUGUGGGGUGGACCAGGACCAUACAGGAAGCUUCUUCAUCUUGGGAUGAAAUAAUACUGCAUGAUCAGUGUGCAAGUUUAUACCUACAUUCCUCAAACUGAAAGGAAAAAACAUAAUACUUAAAGUGCAUUUGUUUUAAAAAGGCACAAAAACACUGUGGUUGGUAUUGUCCAAAGUCUACUAAUUGGACAUCUUGGCUUAUCUCAAUUAGAUGAUCACUAAAGUAUUUUAAUAUCUGCAGUAAAGGCUGCAGUAGAAGAGGUAUUUAUACUGUCACGAAAAAUCAGAUCAGACUUUUUUAAACCCCUGAGGGAAAACUUGUUAACACCUUAAUGAGAGAUGGCUGCUUCUGGCAAACUCCACAGGGACAUUUUUAGCUGCUUAUAUUUUAACUGUGUGGUUCUUUUCUGCAGCUCAGUCAAUGUUAAAGCACAUUUUUGUGGAAGAUUGAUAAAUGUGGCAUGAAAGUUUAAUUUUCAAAAUAAAGGGGGAGAGAGGAAAAUAGUGUUGUCUUCUCGCAGACUGCAGCCACAUUUACACUUAAAGGAUUCACUGAAAAAGAGAAGCCAAAAUGCAACAAAUGGUUUCAGUUUUUUGACUGAAUUAUUGUCAAUUAAAGGUGGCCUAAGCAUAUAGCAAAAGUCAAACCCCUGCCUCCCAUAUUAUUGUUUAGUCUCUUGGCAACCCAAAUAGGCUUGCAUAUUAGGAUUGAAUUUAAUUAUUAGGGUUUUAUAAGUAAUCAUGACUUUUGAAACAGAAAACUGACCCUUAAAGUUAUGAUGGUGCUGAGCUUUUAGUGUGAGAAAAUGCACCAGUUUGCAUGUAUAAGCCAGUAGGUUUCACACAUGCCAUGAAGCCUAAAUGAAGUUAGCUAGGCUUUUUUUAUAUAUUCCAUAUAACCCUGUUUUAUGAAGUAAACACUUAGCAAUGUAGGUGUUUGGAACAAGAGCACAGCCCUUGGCUUUUGCUGGAUAUUCAAGGGAUCAUUGACAAAAAUUGUGUAUACCACUGAAUGUACUGUAUUAUGUGUGUAUUAUUAUUUUAUCAGUGUGAUGUUCUUCAGGUCUGUUUUGAACUGAAAUACAGACCCGUCCUGUCUGUAUAGCUAUUUUUUUUCAUUCUAAAGUACUUAUCUAUGCUACUUAACAUUUCAUUCAAUUAGUUUGGAAAGAGAAAUAUGUGUUUCAAUUUAAUUUGUGUGUAGAUAUUAUUUUUGUGCCCAGGCAGACUAAAUCUGAUUUAUUACUCCCUGAUAAUUACGACUGUACACACAAGUCUAAUAUAAUAAUAACUUUUAAGUAAAAUCAUUGAUGAUGAAAAACCA